AUGGCUCCGGUUUUACACAAAUGCACUUUUUGUUUCAACCACUAUAAAUUAAGACCGGACGGGAAAUUACACCGGCACGGAGGGAAAGAGAAGGGUCAAGAAUGCCCUGGGUCUAUGAAAGCGAUCGACCAACCAUCGGCCGGGUCUACAGGACCUUCGGGUUUGGCUCCCCGCGCUGCACCUGUCAACGAGGGUCGCGAAGCCGCACGUACAUCAGCUUCGGUCACGGAGGCGCCCAUGGGAACUGACUUUAACGCUUCUUUUGACAGACUGACGGCCGCCUUGAGAAAAACCCCGGUUAUUGAUCAUGUGCCAAAACCAUGUAGAGAAAAAGUAAUAAAAAAAUUGAUGUCCCUCAUGGCGGCAAUUUGUAAUAAACCUUGCGACCCAACUCACUGGUACAGGCUCCAUUGUUUUUUCUCAUAUAUCCUCAAAAAGCCUGCCAGAGGGGGUCGAAGAUUCAACCAGGGUAAUCAUCCACAAAAAAACAAUCCAAACAGUUGGAUUCAAACCGCAAUCGCCCGCAUAGAACAGGGCAAUCUUUCGGCGGCUGUCAGGCUUGUUUGCUCUCCCGAGGGUCUGGCGGAGGACUCUCCUGAGACAUUGGUGUUGUCAGCCCUGAAGUCAUUUAGGAAUGGUUCGUCUGGAGGCCUUGACUGCCUAAGGCCCCAGCACAUUAAAGAUUUAAUUUCAGGCCCACUGCCCAUUGACGAGUUUGUAAGCUCCCUAACACAGUUUAUAAAUAUAAUUUUAUCUGGCGCGUGCCCAUCCGCCGCCAGCCGUUUCUUUUUCGGGGAGCUGAAAUUCGCCCUCGACCGAGUGUCUCAUCUUCCGGUGCACGACGCGCUGACCAUCGUCCGCAACGCCCUUAGUUUGCCUAGAUUGAUGUAUUUCCUUCGUACAUCCUUCUCGGCUUUAAUACCCGUUCUUAAAGAGCCCUCGGGAAUUUCCGCGUUGGAUGGAAAACGCCCGGAUGGCUGCACGUUGAUUCCUUGGAGAGCCGGUAGAUGCCUGGCGUGGGACGUAACCGUUCCGGGCAUAUUAGCGGAACGGUACGUGCACUUAACCAGCAAAGAAAGUGGUUUGGCCGCAACCAGGGCAUCGGAUGAAAAGUUUAAAAAAUAUGAAGGUACCCUGCCCUCGAUGGAUUUUUUACCUGUUUGCAUCGAAGUUCUUGGCCCGAUGGACAACAACACUUCAAUAUUUUUUAAAAAGAUUUGCAAAAUGAUAAGUGGCAGGUCCGGCGACAGCAGAGAGCUAUUUUUCGCCAUGAAUCAUAUAUCUUGUUUGCUGCAAAGGUUUUUGCGCGUCUGUGUUAUCGAAAAUGUUCAAUUAAACGCCGACUGCCCUGUUUGCUCCAAUCACUACAAGAUCACACCAGACGGGAAACUUUGCCGUCAUGGUGGAAGGGUUAAAGGCCAGGAAUGCUCGGGUUCGAGGAAAAAGGUGGAUGCACCACAGGUUGUGACCGGUCCGCCUCACGUAGCCGCAUCUAGCGAUGGACUCAUAAUGGGUGCGUCCGUAAUGGAGAGUCCCACCAGUUUGGAUUACCCCCUUUUUUUUGACAGGAUGACGGCUGUUUUGAAACGCGUACCACUGCACGAUCACAUUCCAAAACCGUGUAGAGAAAAAUGUAGCAAAGCACUGCACGAGUUACUGACGGCCGUUUGUUGUGACUUCGGCGAUCCCGCUCACUGGUGCAGACUUUUUUGUUUUUUCCAUACGUCCUUCAAAAACCUGCCAGAGGGGGACGCCGGGUCAACCAAGGCAACCAGGAACCAUCUGGCAUUUCAGUGCAAGAUGGCAAGCGACCAGACGGUUGUACUCUUACUCCCUGGAGAGCUGGUAAAUAUUAGGCUUGGGAUGUUACGGUUCCUGGUACCUUGGCCGAGCGCUACGUUCACCUUACCAGCAAAGAAUGUGGUUUGGCUGCAAUCAGGGCAUCGGACGAAAAAAUUAAAAAAUAUGAACACGCCCUGCCUUCCUUAG